CCUGCACUUCCCGCACAAGCCGCAGCACUGUUAAAGGCGCGGUGUUGGAUGGAUCCCGGCUAGCCGGUGGUUUCACUUGUGUCAGUGAUAAACAAUGAAAAUACACAGUGUUUGGUGCCACGGACUCUACUUGGAGGACAGAAACCUUGCGAUGAGGUGACAACCUACUAGUGAGAGGGCAUGAGUGUGGUGGAGGCGGUUUAUGUGAGCACAGAUGGCAGCCGGUGCCACGCCAGAUGGUGAGGGUUGGGCACGUAACCUACUCGAGGCACAAUGGGGGAAGCAGAGUCCGUUAUCAGGAUUCCACUUGCCCGAAUGGCAGUGGUGACUGUCUGUCUGCCACUGGGAGCCUUCCUCACCUGCAUUUACCUGUCGCUGCGCUACAACUUUGACCUGUCAACAGCCACUCACUGUGGAGUGCCAAACUACCUGCCGUCAAUAUCUUCAGCCAUUGGGGAGUUUGUUCCUCAGCGGUACAUAUGGAGGUUUGCCAUAGCCCUCCACUCAGCCCCGCGAUUUCUGCUUGCUUCCAUGUACUUCAGUUUUAUGAACAGAAUAUUACCUAAAAUUCCAUUCUACAAAAAUGCUGUCAGAGUCACCACUGCUUUGAAUGUGGCUGAAAAUAUGGCCCUUGUCUUCUUAUCAUUUGUCUCCUCCAGAGAAAACUAUGAUGUUCACAAGAUCUCCUUCAUUGUCUUCAUGGUGUGCAGCGAACUUUACAUGGCACUGACAUGUCUGCUGUUGAGGGAUAACAAAAAUAGAUUAACUAAUUCCCUUGAGCGCUUGGCAUACUUAAAAAAGAAACAACUUAUGGCUGCUAACAUAACAUGUUUCAUUGUGGCUUUGUACUUCUUUUAUCGACAUAACAAGUACUGUGAGCCUGGGAUGUACUCAGUGUUUGCCUUUAUGGAGUACUUGGUCGUCCUCACCAACAUGGGUUUCCAUAUGACUGCUUACUAUGAUUUCCACCAUCAUGAACUUGUCGUUGCUGAGUGGAAGCCAGCCAGCAGUUGACAAUCAGUGUGAGGAAGAACAUAACACAACAGUUUAUAUCCACAGCCUGACUGUACGCUAUAGGACACUGCCAGUGUGUGGUAAAGAAUGCUGAAUCUGGACCUAAACCUUCAGAAGAUGCAUAUCUUUACCGGCUCUCUUAAACUAUAUGGAUUCAUGGAAAACAAUGAACAAUAUUUCAUUGAAUAAAUUCAGGGCAUAGAGUCCUUAUGAAUUAAGUGCAAAUUUUUUAUCUACAACAAACAAUUAGGUUCAUAGAAGGGAAUUUUUGAUAUGCCUAAAUUAAAGUCCAUGUCAAUAAAAAAAAUGGCAACAGCUGCUUAAAGCAGCUCUGGAGUUGUAUUUUAUUAAAUAGCUGAAUCUAUCUCCAGUUUUGCUAAUUUUUUAAUCACUUUCUUUUUUUCAAUUUAGUAUCAUAGAUACUAAAUUGAUUAUGCAUCCAGUGAUAUCUUGCAAAGCAGACCAGCUGAAAACACCUCACUCAUUGAUGAAAGGAACUUUUUCUCAAGGGUCUGAUGACACCAAUUUAUAAUUAAUUAUAGACUGAAUAUUUAUGUUCCCAGUAGAAAGUUAAUGCAGUAGAUUGAGCCCUGUAUCUAGCCCUACACACACCACAACCCUUGAGUUUAACUUGAUUUCUGUAGAGCAUUUUAGUGCAAGAUCUGGCUCCCUCACCCGUCUCCCUGGUGUCCUGUAGAAACCGUCAGGAAAAGCAUGCAGGAAAAAGCCUUUUUAUGAAGACAAUAAUUACCUUAAAGAUUAUAGAUGAGAUGUGAUAAUAAGCUGUCAAUUUUUUUUUUUUUUUAUUAAAAGAUAAGGCUUUCCUGCAUGCUUGUGGUUUGUACACCCUUCACUCAUUGCCCAGCACUUACAUUUAUUUUUGUUUUUGGAGAGAAAACAUAAUGCACCAUUCAAGUAAUUACUGGCCUGAAAUUGAUUCUCUGAUUUUUUUAUAUAUGAAUAUUUAGAGUAAAAUAUUGUACCACUGUGCAUUUGCAUAAAUGACUUUUGUUCUUGGUACACGUAAAGAUGAGAGGCCCCAUUGAUGAAGGCUGCUGGGCACUGAGGGGGAGGUGUACCCUGUUGGGUUAUGUUGUUCCUCACGAGGCCGCUCCUAAUAUUAAGAUAACUGCCAAAGUUUAUUUUAUCUUGUGAUUGUUAUGAUUGUGGUGAUCAGUCCUCUGUGUAAGGUGUGUAGUGAUUUUAUACUUUAUGUGACAUGUGUUUUGCACCAACACUGGUGUCCCGCACAUUAUGAAUCUGAAUCUGAAUCACUUAAGCUCCAUUUUAUAGUUGAAUGUGAAAGUUUUUUCUAUUUAAAAAAUCAUCAACAAAUAUUUAGAGUUGUUGCAGGUGUUUUUUUCUCUUUCUUGAAAUUAAUCAAAACAUCCAUAUCAGUUUCCCUUUUCUCCAUCUUAUGCCUCCUUCCAUCCUUGUAUUCCUCACAGUGUCUGUAUUGUUCCAUCAUAUUUCACCCCUAUCCUUUCUUCUCCCCAAAUAACCACAUUUGACCUGCAUAAAUCAACUCGUCACUUACCCUUGACUUGAAAGCCACAUUGGUUUUCGUAUAUUACCCUACCUGAUUCUUCUUUUGGCUGUUCUAUGACCAAUCUGUUGGAGCUCUAUUGUUUUUCAGACCACAUUAUAUUAUAGCAUUGUUUUAUUUACUUAAUAAUCUGGGACCAGAGUAAUCGUAGUUGGAUUUCUAAUGUAUUUCAAGGUUCUGAAAUCAAACAUUUGAGUCUAGUCAGAAUUGGUUUUGUUGUAUAUAAUUCCAUGUCACAUAAUUUAUGUUCCCUAGAAGUUUCCCUUUACCAACCUAUUUAUAGAAGUCUCAUUCAUUGAUUCAUCCCCUUGUCCCAUUCCUUUAGGUUGAUAUGUAAUGAGGCAGCACCUUGAUUGUAAUGUGCAUUGCAAGUACUGUAUGCUGAAAUAUCAUUAUGCACAUUAUAAUUGCUCAUUUUGAGAUGAGUAUUAGUUGGUCCAAGAUACCCAGUGAGCCAGUGCAGCCCAUCAGCUGCUGUAUUGUUUUGAUAACUUUAUAUGAUCAAUGGAACAAGAGACCAAGACUUCAUUGUGAACUGUUAAUUUUACCUUUUUAUCAGUUUUUGUGUCCUAUUUAUACAUACUUUUUGCUUGUGUUCCAAAACAUAGAGGAUUGAGAGUGUGUAUAUGUGUGUGCACGUGCACUAAUGAAAUAGGUUAUGUGCAUGGAUGUGUGGACACAUUGCCUAUUUCAUUACCUGGUAUUUUUUCCUCUGAUUAUAACUUUUUGUGUAUUGAAUCUGUGUCACCUUUCCCACUAUGCUUUGUGCAGGAAAUCAGGUGACAAUGUUCAUGAGUUUCUUGGCUUAACAUUUAUUUUUAUUUAUGUUCUAUAUCAAUUUUCUUAACCAUCAUAUGACCAAAGAGAAAUGGUAAUAAUAAACUGUGUCAAGUUGUGCACCAGUGCAGUCUCUGCCAGAGAGUGGCUGGCAGUGGUUGAUGAUGAAGCUGACUCCUGGUGUUUAUAGAAGUGAUAAUGAAUCCUUUCUGCCUUUUUGCCUCGUGGCUUUGCUCUGCUCACCGUCCGUAGCUGUUGAAGGCCUGACUUUUUCACUGUACACGGAGUCUGUCCAGAUAGCUUGCUGAGCCUCUGCCCCUCCAUUUUGCCUUAUGUAAGUUCAUUCCUUGUUUUGGUGAUAAGCCCGGUACUUUCCCUUUUUCUAGUUGUAGGUAUUAGAAUGCUGGAGGGGAAUGGAUUCAUGUCAUAUAAGCUGUGAAUAGGCUAUAACCAAGCAGACCUGUUUAUAAAGUAAUAUAAUGUUGAAGGUAAAGCUGUGUACUGCUCUAGAAAAGUCAAUUGUUAAAGUGUUAACUUUGACUCUAAUAUUGUCAUCAUUUAUUUAUUUAUUUAUUUAUUUUUUCAGGUAUCUAUGAGCAUGGCAGAUUUGUAGAUACUGUUUUGGAAAAAUUAGCUAGAAAAUGAGUUUGAUAGAAGGUUUUAUGUACAGUACAAAUUCCUUUAUUAGGACAGCAAAUUACAUUUUUGAGAAUGGCAUGAUUUUUUCCCCUUGUCUGGCCAAUUUUUUCCAUAUCUCAGCUGCACAGUGCCUGUCCAUCCCUACUCUCUUACAGGGUUGUGAUGCCUUUGAGAGAAUGUACAUUUAUUUGAGUCAAUAACUAAGAAGAACUUUUAUUUUCUGCUCUACUUGUAAUUUGUUCAUUAUUCACACCUGCACAUGCAGUGUGGGAAGAGUGCUUGGACACACCUGUUGAUGUACUUUGUCCAAAUUGCUUGACUUGCAACUCAUUCACAGCUAGAGGUGCAGUGUUGGCCAAGUGGAAGACACCUGUUGAUGUGCUUGGUCUUAAAGGCAAAUCAUGCAAAUAAGAAGCAUCAAAAAGUACAAAUAUACUUCUUUGUCAUUGGCUCAAAUAAUGUGGCCAUUUUCUGCAAUAUGAAGCUUCAAAUCUUAAGCAAGAUACACACCAAGGCCCCUGAAUUGUAAGCCAGCCUGGUGUGGGUUGUCUUCCUGAUACACAUUAAUUGUUCAUAGGGUAAGAGUGAAACAAGGUGAUUAUUUUGCCCAGUAAUGCCUCUGAUUAUUACUAUGCUAUGCCAAGUACCAUUGAUUUUAUAUAAAACCCAAAGUUCAUAGAAUCACUUUAUAUCUCAAGAAAUUAGUACAUUUUUUUAUAUGAAAUAUUAUCUUAUUUUUUGAGGGGUUCCAAUAAAGGAAUUUUGCUGUAUUGAUAGACAAGCACAGUAAUUAACAUCAUUAAGGGUUAGGAUUAUAGUAACAUGCUUCAACUCACCUGAAGAUCUAUGCACUACAUAAAAUCAGCUGGUUAGACAUCUAUAUAGUCCUGCUGCAUGUAACAGGCAGACACAUCAGACAUAUGCUCAGAGUAUGCUGGCACAUAUAUCAAGUACUGAACUGCUCCCUCUUGCUUGUGCAGCAGAACAGAUAAAUGGAUAGUUAUGUUAUUCACAGUUUAUUACAAAUGUAACACCAUAUGUAAAGAUUUGAAUCUCUUAUUUAUUUUGGUAGUGUGAUCAGAAGUUUAAUGAUUUUUCAGCAUGAAGAUAUCUUCAACUGACAUCUCAGGUGCUUUUUCUUAAGUAACUGCCAGGGGCCUUCAUGUAUGUGUUGAUAGUUGACACAUAGUUUAGACAUCAUCUGUGUGACUUCAAAAGUCCUAUAUGUCAUAGCAUGCCUUGUACUACUGGUCUCUGCCCCAGAAAGAAGCUCACCACAUUUACCUGUAAGCUCUUUCAUGUGUUAAUUGCUUAUGUACUGUCAAAAUUGAUAGUAAAUAGUUAGCUUUUGUUCCAUAACUCUGUCACAAGUGCAAUACCUUAGUAUUUGUAACACUAUUGCAAUAAGCUCACAACUGCAACAUUGAUAGGUGGUGGACUUAGAGUUAGUAGAUAGUUACUAAUACCUAACCUUGUUUAAAAAUGUUCUUGCAUUAGCAUUUUAGCCUCACUUCACAGGAAAAUGUUGGUAUUGGCCCAUGUACCCUGUUUGAGUCCAGUCUACGUAAUGUUUCCUAACCUCUCCUCACAGGCAUGUACACCCACAGCAGCGUAGCCAUGCCAGAUAGCAAUAAUAGAGAUUCACAUGCUGUAACAAUUCUAACUUACCUCCAAUAAAAAAAGACACUAAA